AGCGGAGUGUCUACGGAGUGGAACUGUGUGUCCUUCGUCGUAAUUGGUAGCCUUAAUGGAACGGAUGAACGAAUGUAGUAAUUUGGGAGAAAAGCACGCGGGCACAAUCGGAGCAGACGUCACUAGGACCCUAUCUUGCCACCUGCCCCUAUUCCGUCUAACACUCGUACGGUCAGGGGUUCAUUCAAGUUUGCCUCCCUUCCGACGUCUAUCAUGAUCUCCAAUGAGGAGUGGGCUGCACGCCGCCGUGAUACUUAUGCACGACUACUAGUGCACGCAGAACCAGAGCUAGGGUAUCCCCUUUGGCUCACGACACCCACCGAAAAGUUAGCUCCCAAGUACCCCCACAAAGACAUUCAAAUCGGUGAUGUAGGCAUCGUCACGCCACAUGGGAACUUCGAUGUCUUCUUCAACAUAUGUCUCCCUGAAAACCACCCAAUGCACCAUCAAUACGGUGUUCCAGAAGGAUUUGAGCAGAUAAAGCUUUCUGAGAAAGACGUCGAGAUCAUUCAAGAUCCAGAUUACCGCGGCUGUAUAGUCACCGCACAGAGUUUCUCAGGGGCAAACCUUGAGAUCAAUGUGACUGGUGCGAAUCCUAAUAUCGUGAAGGUCAAGGGUGGCAUGGACACAGAGGUUGCAGUCCUAGCAGUUCCAAUUACAGGCGCAGACAAGCAUGACCUUUGCGAUACCUCUGUUUUCCAAAUGGCAGCGAUGCGGAUGGGUGAGACGUGGUAUGAGUUUGCACUGAACAAAUUAGGGUGGACGACCAUGGGUCAUGACUCGCUCUACCUUAUCACGGGGUAUCACAAGGUGGUUACCCGGGGGGUCGACGCUGUCCCCAGUGCAACCACAAGGCUGAACAUUGACGUGCAGUACAAGUCGGAUGGUACUGCCACUGUGAAUCACGAAUGGGGGUCCCGGCCUCUGGGGAGCACUGGCGAUUGUCGACGUUUCGAGAAUGGUGGUGUUAUUGCGACCGGCCAGGGUUCUCGAGGCCAAGCCAACGCACAGAAAACUUACGCCAUUUCCGUGCGGGGAUUCAAAAUUGCGAUCAACGAGAAGACAUUCCAUUCUUUGCUCCCGUCCCCGUCACCUUCCAAAGGAACAGGUCCAAUCCAUUCCACCAUUCCUUCAUCACUCCAGUACAGGCCUCCCAUUCGAAGGAUUUACCAUCCUCUGGAUAAAAUUAAUAGUAUACUGCUAAACCAGACACGUCACUGUGAGAUAGUGGUGACACACGACAAUAUGUGGAAAGACAUAGUCCAAGAGGUAUGUAUGCCCAACUUACCACCAAAGUGAUUGCUUUCUACUCUUCCACCCAGCUCCCAUCGAUUCGCAGUCGCUCGCGUCGUGUGAUGGCAGCUAUCAAGAAAAGAGGAUACGCGGUCUCUGAGUUCCAUGUCGGUACUUACAACUGCGCAUAUUUUACAAAAUGCGGAGAAAAUGGCCCAACGCAUUCCAGUGACCAGGGUUUCACUCAUUUAUUCAAAGUGAGCUGUGCAGUGGCGAAUUUGGUUCGUCUGGUCAUGAAAAAGGAGAAGAAUAAGCCGAAGUAUAUUGAUGAUGAGGAGAAAACAGACAAA